AUGCGCUACUCGACGGUGCCCGCGGCGGGCCUCGCGGUCCCCGCGACGGCCUGGGAGGUGCGCACGGCGGAGGCGCUGCGGGCCAUGCCCGUGGACAUCCGGGGCUGGUACUGGGAGCUCGCGACGGGGCAGCUCGCGCGCGCGAGGGCCGCGCUCGGCGACGAGAGCGGCGGCGCGAUCCACGCGCUCAUGAUCGCGCCGCUCGUCGACGACGCGGCGGCCUGGGAGGCCGCCUGGGGCGCCACCGUCUGGGACUUUGGCUUCGACGGCGACGACGUCGUCGCCGUCGCGCCGGACCCGACGCGGAGCCCGUCGCCGCGGCCGACGGACUACCCGGGCGCGUUCGACCCCUGGGACGACGGCGAGGCCGAGGACGAGGACGAGGCCGGGGACGAGGACGAGGCCGGGGACGAGGCCGAGGACGAGGACGAGGCCGAGGACGAGGCCGAGGACGAGGCCGAGGCCGAGGACGAGGCCGAGGCCGAGGACGAGGGCGCCGGGCGCGCGCGCGCGCACCGGUCCGCGGCGCCCGUGACCUACGCCUGGGCCUACGGCGUCGACGGGCCCACGCCGGCGGCGCACUGGGUCGGCGCGGACGUGCAGGCGUGGGUCGCGGCGAAUCUGGGUAUAGCGGACUGGGCGGCGAUCCUGGCCACGCGGCACCUCACGCUGUCGAACCGCGGCCGCCGGCGGAGCGACGACGAGCCCGUCGUCCACGUCUCGGGCCUCGUCGACGCCAAGGGCGACUGCGUCGCCGCGGCCGUCUCCGUGCGCGCCGCGCGCGCGAGUUCCAUCGCGCACACGCUGAGGCCGCGGCUCCAGCCCCGGGAGACCGUGCGCGUCGCCUGGGACGUCGGCGGCGUCGCCUUCUCCGAGUCCGCGUCCCGCGGGUCCCAGCGCGACGACGUCGCGCGCGUCGCGCGCCACGCGCUCGCGCUCUUCGGCGCGCGGACGACGUCCGCGGCGCUCACGUGCACGUGCACGUCGCGCGACGGCCGCCGCAACCGCUACGCCUUCGCGCUCUUCGCGCUCGCGCUCUUCGGCGCCGUGCUCCUCGUCGCCGCGGCCGUCCUGCCCAUCGUCCUCCUCGGCGCCCUGGGCGCCGCGCGCGCGCUCGAGUGCAGCGAGUCCGAGUGCGUCUCCUGGGCCGACUUUUGCGACGACCAGCGCGACGACUGGGACGACGAGCACGAGCAAUGCUACGCGCUGUGCACGCCCUACUGCCUGCGCCACAACUACUGCUACGACGACGCGGCCAAGGAGGACAGCGCCUACGCGCCGGACCUCGAGAGCGCGUGCCCCGGGGGCGACGUCCGCGCGUCCGACGGCGUCGCCUGCGAGGACGUGGCCAUCCCGGGGCUCGUCGCGAGGCUCGGCCGGUACCGCGCGGCCCGGGUCUGCGCGCCGCGCAACGCGACCGGCCCGCUCCCGCUCCACGUGCUCGCCCACGGCGACGGCGGCGGCGGCGCGCUGCUCGGAGCCUACGACGCGCUGGCGGAGCAGAUCGCGGCCGCCGGCUUCGUCGUCGCGGCCUACGCGUCAUGUUCUUUCGACGCGGAGUGCGACAACGGCGAGACGUCGUGGCUCGAGAUCCUCAAGACGCUGGCGCACCUGGCCGACGACGCGCGCGUCGACGCGGGGCGCGGCUUCUCGGCGAGCGGCCACAGCACGGGCGCGCGCGCGGCGCUCAUGGUCGCGGCGGCGCGGGACGACCCGGGCGCCUACGCCGCGCCGCCGGAAUUACGCGCGGCCCUCGCGAACGUGAGGGCCGUCGUCGGCGACCAUCCCGACCCCAUGCGCGACCCGGCGCGGGACCCGAACGUCACGGCCUGGAGGGCCGGCGCCAUCUCGAGGACGCCGGCCAUGCUCGUCACGGGCGCCUGGGACCUCGCGGAGCCCGUCGGGUCCGCCUGGGACGACUUCGUCGACGUCAGAGGCGACAAGGUGUUCCUCGACGUCGCGCGCGCGACGCACAUGGGCUACCGGAGCCCCGUGACGACCCACCCCGAGGGCGAGUGGAUCGCGGCGUUCCUCGCCUACUACGUCCGGGGCGACGCCGCGGCCGGCGCCGCGGUCUUCGGCGGCGGCCCGGCGUCGCUGUCGCGCGCGGCCCUCGUCGCGGCCCGUACCGCGCGCAACGCCGGAACGAACCCGCCCUUCCUCGCCUGCCGCGACAAGAACGCGACCCCGCCGGACCUCGCCCGCUUCUGUUAA